UGACCCCAUCCGGCAGGUGGAUGCUGGCAGUCGUUGAUUGGCUGCGGCGCGCGAGGAAGUGAGUCGGGAAAGGCCCAUGUACGCAGCCGCGAGGUAACCAACCGGCGGAGUUGCAGGCAAGUAGCUCGCGCCAUGGCGGGGGUGAGAGACCGAGAUCGGAGCUCUGCACUGGGGUUGUCGAUGUGUAUCCUACUGGCCGCUGUUGUCACCGCCACUGUCGCUUCCUCCCCUACCGAGCAGCAAUAUGUCACCUGCGGUUCAGUGGUGAAGCUUCUCAACCACCAGCACAACGUCCGCCUGCACUCGCACGACGUCAAGUACGGCUCGGGAAGUGGUCAGCAGUCUGUGACUGGUGUAAGUGCUUCGGAUGACAGCAACAGCUACUGGACAGUGAGAGGAAAACCAGGCCAGGUUUGUCAGCGAGGAAUACCCAUCAAAUGUGGACAGUCAAUACGACUAACACAUGUCAACACUGGAAGAAACCUGCACAGUCACCACUUUGUGUCCCCACUCUCUGGAAAUCAGGAAGUAAGUGCAUUUGGAGAGAAUGGAGAAGGAGAUGACUUGGAUGUCUGGACUGUACAGUGCAGUGGCAUGAGAUGGGAGCGCGAUGAUGAUGUUCGUUUCAAGCACGUAGGAACCCAGGUCUUUCUAACCAUAACAGGAGAGCAGUAUGGCCAUCCAAUCAGGGGUCAGCUUGAAGUUCAUGGCACAUUUAGCCCCAGUGUUGACAAUUACUGGACAGUGAUGGAAGGUGUCUUUAUCAAGCCUAGUGCUGAGCCAUUAAAACAUGAUGAGUUGUAGCUUUAUUUAAAGACUACUUGGGAAGUGAGGCCAAUAAGAAAUUGUUGCAUUGUUUGCAAGUGACAAUUGCUUCAUCCUGUCUGGAGUCAUGGUUUGUACAGUGAAAAUCAAUUGUACUGAUCUUUCCCAAUUUCUGAAGUUAUUAAAACAAAGUUUUGUGCAAGCAUAUGUCCAACUGAAUUUUAAUUUUCAGUAACACUUUAUGAACUUGCAUUCAAGAAGUGGAAGAAUACUUCCAAAGUCAUCUGCAUGUCACUUUCUUGAUCCCCAAAGUUGCAAACACCAUUUUCUAUGUUCUUUUAGUCUUUUUUAAUAAAAUGAAAUUAUAUUAUCUGAUAAAUGAUUACCUGCAAAGUGAGGAAUGUAACCGGCCAUAUGCAGUACUUCCCAUUCCAGCUACAGGCUGAGCAUAACCGCUAGUGUAAAUGAGGUAGCAAUAAAGGGGAGAAUUAAAAUCUAUCAAUGAGUGCAAGAUCACCUUGUUUAGCAUUUUGCAGCUAGUGCCCCUUGCAUUUCUAAAUCCACAUUUGUUAGCUCCAAGUUGGUUUUUCAAAUCAACAGUCUUAUGACACAUUAGUCAGCCACUAUUUAUGUUCCACACAGGUCUUGACUCCUCUUCUAACCUAAGCAAUGCACUUUUCCAUUUGUGUGUCAAUACAACAUCCCUGCAAAUGCAUCAAUGCUGUUUGCCUUAACUACUGAAAAAGGAAGCUUCUCCUGAAUUUUCUUUUGGCCUUCUAAUGGUGGCCAUCUUAUUUAUCAUUGAAAUUUUGAGUUUGUGCAAACAAAAUGGACAAUUUGCUGGAGAAUUGUAGAAUUCCAGGAUUAACUGUUUUUGAG